AUGGAGAACUGGGCAGUCAGAGAGGAAAGGAGCAGGAUGGAAGUGCUAGAAGCCGCGGACGAGAAGAAGACCAUCUGCAAGUACCUGUCUUGUGGACUGAUCAUCCUCGUUGUGGUUGGCGCUUCUUGUUACUACCUGUGGAUGCGAGUUGCGAUGCACUGCGGGGAAGCAUGCAACAACCUGUCGGGGCCAUGGGGAGUUCUCAAUCAACCGAAGGAGAAGAAGUCGCAGGAUGUCGACCUGGCGAACAGGAGGGUUCUGAUCAAACAUCUCAUGGAGGGACCUGCUCUCAUGGAAGCUCAGUCGUUGACUUGGAAGGAGAUCGAUGGCUGGGCCAAGAAGCAUCCAACUAAACCAGUCCACAUUGGCAUGGUGCUGGUGCUAGAGAACGAGUCAGAAAAGUACAAGAAGUUGAUCUCUAACAUGGUUUAUCACAAGCUUGUCGACCUCAAGAUUUGCGAUGAGAACCAUGUUUGCUCCGAGAACUCAAUCGCUGGAAACAUCAGAGCAAGAGCGUGUCCAAGGGACAUCCCCUGUUCUCCCAGCAUCGUUACAGAGAUCGAUCGGCAAGCACGUCAGCUUGCGAGCGUUGCUGUCGAUGGCGCUUUCAAGGGGUUGCGGGAUGUGAUCGAGCAGAAGAAGGGAAUGGCGGCGAGCAGCGUUGCAGCGAACAUGAACAAAGUGCAGAGCAGUCUCAUCAAGAGUUCGACGUAUGAGAACGCCGCGUCAACAGGGAUGGGAUACCAGCCUGCUGGCUACAUCCCCACCUACAACCCUCCGUCGCAGAUCUAA